UUAUUACGUCAGUUGCGUGGGCGUUUUAGCCAAAACGCAAGUUGGAGGUAGACGGAAGGGUAGGGGAGAAUAAGUAUUUUUUUCAAACGUUUUUUCACCCCCAAUGUAUUUCCCCACAACAGAGGACGACAUGACUUUCAAGCCGAGUCGGGAUAGGUUCUACAGUACACGGUGCUGUGGUUGCUGUCAUGUCAGGACUGGAACCAUUAUCCUGGGGACCUGGUACAUGGUGGUAAACCUGUUGAUGGGCAUUAUGCUAACAGUGGCAGUGACUCAUCCAGAUAAUGUACCUACUGUUGACCUGCAGUAUGAAGUCAUUGAACAUUACUUUGCCUCUGAUAGGAUGGCAGAAAAUGCCUGUGUUGGGUUUGCAGUUUCUUUGCUGAUGUUCACCAUCAGUGCCAUGAUGGUGUAUGGAGCCAUUACUCAUCGUGACAGAUGGCUGAUUCCUUUCUUCUGCUUCCAGUUGUUUGAUUUUGCCCUCAGUUGUCUUGUGGCCGUUAGCUCCCUAACCUACCUUCCAAGGAUCAAGGACUACCUAAACCAGCUGCCUGACUUCCCUUAUAAGGAUAACCUGCUUUAUCUGGACUCCAGCUGCCUGCUGCUUUUCGUCUUGGUGUUCUUUGCUUUUCUCAUCAUCCUAAAGGCCUACCUGAUUAACUGUGUUUGGAACUGCUACAAGUACAUCAACAACAGAAACUUGCCAGAGAUUGCCGUUUACCCUGCAUUUGAAGCUCCCCCUCAGUAUGUUCUGCCCACCUAUGAGAUGGCUGUUAAGAUGCCAUUGCCAGAGAAGGAGCCCCCUCCCCCCUACAUGCCUGCUUGAAGAGCCCAUCUCAUUGUAGACCACACUCCCUCUGAACCAGCUUCCUGUUUUUAACCUUGCAAUACCUUUUUUAGACUCGGGAUAUCCAGUGAUAUCCUUUUAAUCUUUAAAGUCCAACAUUAGAGAUGUAUAUCACACACAAAGUAGCUUUCGAGUUAAGGGGAAUGAAAGCAAUGAAUAGAGAACAAUGGGUAAAUGGGGAAAUAUGUACAUUUCAGCAUUACAAGAGAUUUGAUUGGCUCUUGUAAUGCUGAAAUUUGCAUAUAUAUAUAAUGUGUGAAAGUGGUGUGAACAUAAGACAGAAUGGAAGCACAGCUAUAUUUCUAAGAUCCUUGUUUGUCUUUCUAUCUAUUUUUGAUGUCUCAGUAAAUUAUAGUACAAUAACAUUGCCUGAAUGCUGAUCAUGAAGUAUUUUUUUUAGAAAACAUGCUUUCCUAGUGAAGUUUAUCUUGAUAGGUAAUGAAAAUAUUCUUAAGACAAACUGUGUAACAUCUUUAUUGAUACAAUUCUUUUGUUUUUUCUGCAUUUUGUGGUUUUUAAGGAUUUAAUAUUUUUAGAUUGAUACUGUGAGGGAUCUCCUUACUUUUGCACUUUCAUCAUAAGUAUUCAGCCUUUUUUUUGUGUGUGUGACAUGUUUGUUUUUUGUUGCCUUUUGUGUUUCAUGUUUUGAAGCCUUUUUUGGGGAAUGGAAUUUGAAAUAAAUAAUGCGAAAAGUGAAAACUUAAAUUAAAUGGGUCAUAUUUACAAAACCAGUGCAUGGAGAAAUUAACCAGGAUUGGAAAACGGUGCAUGCAUGCUUCUGUCUUUUUGUUAUUUUUCCUGUGAAACAAACUCGCUUCAAUAAAUGUUGAAAAUUG